AUGACCUCCCCCGUCUACAACUACACAGUCCCCACCUUCAUCAAGGGCCUGGAAACCCUCACCCUCAUCCUCAAAAACGCCGAGGACUACGCCAAACAAAACAACAUACCCCUCUCUGACUUCGUCAACGCCCGUCUCUACGAAGACAUGAAGCCCCUAAGCUUCCAAAUCCAAUCCGCCAGCAACACUGCUAAGGGCUCUGUCUCCCGCCUCGCCGGCAUCGAAGUCGUCUCCAUGGAAGACAACGAGACUACCUUUGAGGAGCUCUACGCGCGUAUCAACCGGACCAUCGAUGUGAUCAAGGCUGUUGACCCAAAGCUCUUUGAAGGGAAGGAUCACACUGAGUUUCAGACCAAGUUGGGACCGUAUGAGGUUACGUUUACAGGGCAGUCGUAUGCCAAUCGGUUUGGCCUGCCGAAUUUCUUCUUUCAUUUGAAUAUUGCGUAUGCGAUUUUGAGGAGUAAGGGGGUGCCGAUUGGGAAGAUGGAUUAUUUGAAGUAUUUUAAUGCUUGA